GCAGGAUAAAAAAAUGGAUUUCCAUUUCCGACAAAAAAAAAGGCGAAGCCACUCACUAAAAAAACAGUUUCAGGAGUUUUCUCACUUACUUUUUUUUCAGUCGUUGUACUUUUCUUUUCUUCCAAUAACAACAUGGAUAUACGUAUUCUCUCACCAGUUUCUACUGAUACUGUAGCAGAACGAAGCAAUAAAAACAAUAAAAAGAUGGAUGUGGAUCAAGUUGAAGCACCACUAGUGAAUCCUGGUGAAAUCAUUACGACUGAUCAACAAUUCAUGAGAGGUCAUGGUACAUAUGCUGAAGAAGAUGGUGGACCUGCAGUUAUUUCGUCUGUAGCUGGUACUGUGGAACGCGUCAAUAAACUUUUAUCUGUACGUCCUAUGAAAAGUAGAUAUACUCCCGAAAUUGGUGAUAUUGUCGUGGGUCGAAUUACUGAGGUGGCCAUGAAACGAUGGAAAUUGGAUGUUAAUGGUAGACAAGAUGCCAUGUUACUAUUAAGUUCUGUCAGUUUACCUGGUGGUGUACAGAGACGAAAAACAGAAUCGGAUGAACUUCAAAUGCGACAAUUUUUUGCAGAAGGGGACGUUUUAGUGGCGGAAGUACAAAGUUUUUAUUCAGAUGGAACAAUGGGUCUUCAUACACGUGGAUUCAAGUUUUGUAAAUUAAGAAAUGGUUCAUUCUUAUGUGUACCUCCUGUCUUAGUGCAACGAUGUAAAUCACAAUUUCAUACUUUACCUUGUGGUGUGGAUAUCAUCUUGGGAUUGAAUGGAUAUAUUUGGGUCAAUAAAAAGUUACAAGGAUUAUCCAAUGUAGCUACUGAUGAUUUCGAUACAAGCGUGGUUUAUUCUAGUGUUAACGAUCCUAUCACUGAAGAAGAACGAAGUGAUAUUGCUCGUGUUGUCAAUUGCAUUGCUGCUUUGGCUAAGCAAUAUAUGUAUAUCAAUGAUACCAUUGUGGUUUAUACUUAUGAAGCUUCACUGGAAUACUCUGUCAAGGAACUUCUCGAUCUGAAUGUCAUUGAAGCGAUUACAAACGAAGCAAAAUCACGCAUGAACGCCUAAUAGGAUCUUAACCAUUUUGACAAUUACAUACUCUAUAUGCAUUCACUUUUUAUCAUAUCUUCAUCGUCUCCUUCUACAAAGCAUUCCAUAUAUACAUAUAUACACUUUAUUUUUAUUACGAAUUCAACCUUAUUUCCCUUGUACAUACAUAGUAGUAGUAGUAGAAUUGAAAAUCAUGAAUCAAUAAAAACUGAUAUACAACAAAA